AUGGCCUCAAACGGCCUCUCCGAGUCUUUCCUCGCUGCCAUUCAGGCUAGCUUAUCGGUACUGCUGGUUAUCUUCUACGGCGUCGUGGCAGCCAAACUCAACAUUCUGGACGCCAAGUCGACCAAAGCAAUCUCAAAGAUAUGUGUGCGCGUAUUUCUCCCGGCCCUGCUGAUAACCAAGCUUGGCUCCGAGGUCGAUCUGGAUUCCAUAGGCAACUAUGGCCGCAUUCUGAUCUGGGCUCUGGUAUGCCAUGGCGUCUCGUUCCUGUUUGGCCUCUUCGCACACCUCGUCCUUCACAUGCCCGACUGGACCACAGUCGCGCUGAUGUUUAACAACACCACGAGCUAUCCGCUGCUGCUCAUUGGCGCGUUGGGAGAAACGGGGGUCUUGAACAAACUGCUGCAGGGCGAUGAGAGUUCUGAUGACGCUACCGAGCGGGCCAAAGCCUACUUCCUCAUCUUUUCUACCGUCUCGAGCUGUCUAACCUUCGCCGUGGGCCCAAGACUGAUCGACUCUGAGAACGGGCCCGAGGACGACGAAGAUGAUGGCGAAGACGGCGCAGCCCAGCUCAAUGGAAGCGGCAAUGGCCAUUCGAAUCAGCAGAUCGACGGUGCCGGCGAUUCAGACGAGCAGACGGCCCUGCUUGGCGAAACGGCCCAGGCGCGGCGGGCCGUGGCGUUCAAUGGUCGCAGCUCGUUCUUCCCUUCGAACCGCAAGCAGCGCUCAGCGCCGUCCAAGCUCGAGUCCAAGCAGCGCCGGGCCAGAUGGGUCGCGAAGAAGUACUGGAGCAAGCUCGGCCCUCGCGCGCAGUGGUGGCUGGUCUUGGUCUCCGACUUCUUCAACGCGCCUCUGCUGGGCGCCAUCAUCGGCGCCUUCAUCGGACUGGUGCCGGCUCUGAAGAGAGCCUUCUUCGCCGACGCCACGGGGGGCGGUGGUAUCUUCACCGCCUGGCUGACGGCGUCCCUGAAGAACAUCGGGGGUCUGUUCGUGCCGCUGCCCGUGGUCGUGGCCGGCGUGACGCUCUACGCCGCGCACCGAGACGCGCAGGAGAAGAAGAAGAACAAGUCGAGCGGCGAGGAGCCGGCGAAGCUGCCGAAGCUCACCGUGGCCUAUAUCCUGUCGGUCCGGUUCGUCUUUUGGUCCGCCCUCUCCAUCAGUAUCAUCUACGGGCUCGCGUCGGCCGGGGUUCUCGGUUCGGACCCCAUACUCUGGUUUACCAUGAUGCUGAUGCCCGUGGGGAGCCCCGCCAUGAAACUCAUCGCCAUGGUGCAGGUCAGCCAGUCCGGAGAUGAGGACGAGGCCAUGAUUGCCAAGGUGCUCACUAUCGCCUAUGUGAUCUCUCCCAUUUUAAGCUUCACGGUGGUGGGAAGCUUGAUGGCUAGUCAGGCUUGCAUGUGA